AUGAAGCGCUCGGCAGAAGCUGAUGGUAGUUGUUCACCAUGCACUUCAUCUAAAAAAGGCAACUUUGACGAAUUCGAUUACGAUGAUUCGUCUCCACCGGUGCUGGUCGCCGAAUUUCCAUUUUCAGGAGAGCCGGUAGAAUCUUAUUGCUCAUCGAAUGUUUCGCAAGAAAACAAUGAGAUGAUGAAUGAGGAAAAGGAAUCAGUUCCUUUAACGAUUUUCGAUCUGUUGGGAAAAGCUCCAGAUGUCAAAGAGAAAGAGGAAACAGAAACGGUAGAAGUGGAUGAAGAAGCUGAUGAGGAAGCAAAAAUACGAGAAAAUGCAAUGAAGCUUUUCGAUGAAGCAAUGUCAUAUAAUAGAAGAAAUUCGCCUGUUUCAACCUUUGUCGCUCCGAUUUCAGCACCAUCGACAUCUACUACAGGUGCACGCACUUACAAGGUGACAUAUCAGCCUAGCAGCACGCCGACCUUCAAGUACAUGACUCCUCUUCCACCGAAAAAGGCUUUAGAGUCGAUUCAUCCGAAUGCUGAGGAGUAUACCAUUCAGAAAGACGUUGAACGCCUUCUGGCUGCUGCUACAAGAGUUUAUGGGCCGAAAGUUUGGACAGUAGAAGAGAAGAAAGAGUUCGAGAAGUUUUGCCGAUUGUUACGCAUGAAUGGUUAUCUCAAUGACAUGCAAAAAGAGGAGCUUCGCAAUUUCUACACCAAGGCUUAUAAUCUCACUGACGACUUUGGAACUAGAAGCACUGCAACCGCACUCAAGGAUGAAAAAGGAAUUUUGAUUGCGUCGAGAAAUCAGCUAAAAAAGCCUCAAGGACCGCGCUUUGGUGAGAAACCGAGGGAGCCGACAAUUUGGAGCAGCAAUGUGCCAAAAUUACUCCAAAAGGCGAACGCCUUAUACGGUGUUGAUAAGCAAUGGACAAUACAGGAGAUGGAAGAAUUCCAUAAGAUUUAUCUCAAAACGCGAAACAAGACCCAAUUGGGACCCGUGGAAGAGGAAGAGCUCAAGGCGUUUUAUCGCAAAGCCUACCAGUUAGAUAAACAAAAUUCCGAUGCUGAUGGUGAAAUAGAGGGAGUUGAAGGUGGUCCCUCAAAUAAAGCGACACUACCCACAACAGGAAAUUAUCUUAAUUAUACUUAUCAUAUUGGAGCGGUUAAGGUGUUUGAAGAUGUUUUUACUAGCGAUUCAAAUAUGAUACCAAUGAAACGACGCGGAAGACCGGUCAAAACUAGUCCGGAAACCGAUGAAAUAUUCCGGAAAUUGGAAGAAGAUCGCGACAAAUUGGAAGCUGAGCAGCGCGAGAGGAAUGUCACGAAAUUGCUGAACAGAAUCCGCGAUGUUCAUGGCUACGCGAAAGCAUGGUCGGCCGACGAGAAGAAGGAAUUUGAAAAGUUUUACACGAUAUUUCGCGAUCGGCAAAUGUUCACACAUGCGCAGAAGAAGGAGAUUGAUGCGUUUUUCCGGACAGCUUACUCGAACUUGAAAGGGCAGCCUAUUGCACAAGUUGCCACUCAACUUGAUGAUGAAAUGAAGCGGCAAGCGAAAAAAGAGUACUGGGCCGAGUAUAGGAAACAGUAUUAUAGAGCUAGAAAAGCAGCUGGACUUCUGCCAUACCGUAAAAAAGCUGAAGAGAAGCGUGAUCCACCACCUCAGAACGAAGAAGAGAAAAAAGCGCGAAAAGCGGCUUAUUUGAGAGAAUGGAGACAACGAAAAGCUGAGGAGAAACUUACACUCAAUACAACCCUGAAGACAUAUCUCAAAAGUUUAGCGAUCUGA